CAACCAGCUUUGUUUUUCCUUUCUUCUCAAAACAUUUUUCCAUGGAGAAUUUGGUAUUGAGGAACCAAACCAGCAUGUCUCCUUCACCACUGUCCAUUCAUAAACAUUCCCAAACAAUAUCCAAGUCAAAGCCAAAGAUACGGAUCAUUCACGUAUUUGCACCGGAGAUCAUCAAGACCGACGUUGCAAACUUCAGAGAAUUGGUGCAAAGACUCACCGGUAAACCACCACAAGAAAAGGGUUGCCAAAGGAAACCCAGAUUUCGCAAACAAGAUGAUAGUUUUCGUGACAAACCAGAUAUGGCGGCCGUCAAGAAGAAAAUGGACCUCAGAACUGGGUUCCUCGCAGGCUUUGAAAGGGUCAAGGAAGAAGAAGAAGGGAUUUGGAGUAUUAGUGGAGAGAAUUCAGGUGGUUUCUUGAGUGGUUUUAGAGACUUGGAUGGUUUGAUUCAAGAGCUUGGUGAGCAAUUUCCUUUGCUUCCUUUGGAUGCUUCUCAUCACACGCAUGGAUUUGAAGAAGCUCAACUAAUUACAUAAAUUCGAAUAUAUAAUUUUUACU